CCAUCUUACCCAUACAUGGGCUACACCGAAAAUCGAUCAGCAACCUUCUUAGCUUCCGGCAAUCCUUCCUUAGACUUCUUCUUCCAUGUGGUUCCCUACACACCCGCAUCCGAACUCAUCCGUCUCGUCCAACUUUCUUGGACACAUGAUCCUCUUUUAACCCUUAAGUUGAUAUGCAACCUUAGGGCUGUUCGAGGUACUGGCAAGUCAGAUAAACAAGGGUUUUACACUGCUGCUUUAUGGCUACAUGAAAACCACCCUAGAACAUUAUCACUUAACAUGGGUGUUGUAUCCGGUUUCGGCUAUUUGAAGGACAUGCCUGAGAUUCUCUUUCGUCUUCUCGAAGGUAGCGAUACUCGAAAGCCUAAGGAGGAGGUUUAUGAUAUGAUUCAUCAUUAUGGAUUCAUGCAUGGGCGCAUGCAUAGGAGCAUGCAUGGGAGCAUGCAUGGGAGGAGGAUCAAUAAGUGUAAAAAGAGGGUUAUAGGAAAAGAAGAUGAUGGUGAAGAAAAGAAGAGUGAGGAGGAAAAAGAGAAGGCUAGGGUUUUAAGGUAUCAUAGAAAGAAUGAGAGGACUAAGAAGAUUAUAGAAAGGUAUAAUGAAGAUGUGAAUUUUCGACUUUUGUAUGAUUCGAUUUCUGAUAUUUUUGCUGAUUUGUUAAAGAAAGAUAUGGAGUGUCUCCAAAAGAAUGAUUUGUAUAACUUAGGGUUUGCUGCUAAGUGGUGCCCUACUAUUGAUUCUACCUAUGAUGAGGUGACAUUGCUCUGCGAAAGCAUUGCAAGGCGCGUGUUUCCUAAGGAGGAUUAUGACGAAUACAAGAACAUGGAGGAAGCACAUUACGUGUUCAAGGUGCGUGAUCGAUUGAGGAAGGAGGUUUUAGUCCCCCUAAGAAAAGCACUCGAGUUACCGGAGGUGUAUAUUUGUGCUAAGAAGUGGGAUGCUUUGCCUUACAAUAGGGUUCCUUCUGUUGCUAUGAAAUUGUACACAAGUUUGUUUUAUAAGCAUGAUGAAGAGAGAUUUGUGGACUACUUAGAAAAGGUAAAGAGUGGUAAGGCGACGAUUGCAGCAGGAGCAUUGCUUCCUCAUGAGAUAAUCGCGUCAUUGAAUAAUGAUGAAAAGGGUGGUGAAGUUGCCGAACUUCAAUGGAAGAGAAUGGUGGAUGAUUUAGCAAAAAAAGGGAAGUUGAAUAAUUGUAUGGCAAUUUGUGAUGUUUCUGGGUCUAUGUCUGGGACUCCAAUGGAAGUUUGUGUAGCUCUUGGAUUGUUAAUUUCAGAGUUAAGUGAGGAACCAUGGAAGGGGAAAGUAAUCACUUUUAGUGAAAAUCCUAAUUUUCACACGAUUAGAGGAGGAACACUAAAACAGAAGACUAACUUUAUUAAGAAUAUGGAUUGGGGUUGGUGCACAAAUUUGCAGAAGGCGUUUGAUCAGAUUUUGGCGGUGGCAGUGAAAGCGAAAAUCCCAGAAGAACAGAUGAUAAAAAGGCUGUUUAUAUUUAGUGAUAUGGAGUUCGAUAUGGCUUCAGGCAGGAAUAACCCGUGGGAGACAGAUUAUAUGGUGAUACAAAGAAAGUUUAAGGAGAGUGGGUACGAAAAGGUGCCUGAGAUUGUGUUUUGGAAUCUCAGGCACUCGAAAGCUACUCCAGUUCCGAGUACUCAACCAGGGGUCGCGCUUGUUAGUGGGUUUUCGAAGAAUCUGGUGACUUUGUUCUUGGAGGAAGGUGGGAUUUUGAACCCGGAGGAUGUUAUGCUUGCUGCUGUUGCUAAGCCAGAGUAUGAUCAACUUGUUCUUUAUGAUUGAUUAGACUUGUUAGUUUAGUAGUUGGUUUACUCAAGAUAACUUUCUAUUGAAUGGAGAUGAUUAAAUUUUGGGGAUGUAGUACUGUUGCUGGGAGUGUGUAAUGUUCUAUUACCUGUCAAAAAACUAUU